AUGGCGUUUUGGCGUUGUGCAAGACAAGGUAAAAUAUAAAAUAAAAUAAAAUAAAAUAGUUAGACUAGCUCUAGUAGAUUAUAGAAAUAGUUUUUUAGGAAGGUAGAUGCUCUGUUACUAAGUAUGAUUAAUUACUGAUUAUGAUUAUGUUGUUAUUCUAGCUACAUAUGUUGUCAAAACAUUACAAAAUAUAACUGAAAAUGUAAAACAUGUAUAUUGGUAAUGACCACCACUGCUUAUUAUAUAAACAAUUGGUUACAUUUUGAAAAAAACAAAAUCAUAUCAUUUUAUUAAACUGGACAGUUUAAAAAUUAUGCACCGAGAUUUCCAAAAUUGAAUGGUAAAUGUAUGCAAAACAUCAAAACUCGGUUGCAUGACAUAAACUUUCCACGUUAGAACUUGGCUAGACUGCAGUUUAGCAGACCCCAAAAAAACACAUGCCCGCGUGAGUUAGUCUGAGUAUGUCAGUGCUAAAGUGCACUUGCCAUUAACACCAGGGUGCAUUCUGUGGUCAAAAGUGUGAAGAUGCCCGGUGUGAGUUUGGCAAAUUACAAUACUAUCUAUAGUUAAUAUUGGCAUAUCUUCGGCAUAGAGUUUACAUGGAAUGCACCCUGGCAUUAGCAUUAAGAGACUACUGAGACCAGGAUGUUAAAAUUUAUGAGUUAAUUGAGCACCCAUAUUUAUUUUUAAGCUGGUACAUUUCUGCAGAAGCAUGGAGUUCGAUACUGUUAUAACGAGAGCAGGCCGAACUUAGGUAUCAAUAAAAACACAAAGAUUAUUUGUCAAGGUUUCACAGGAAAGCAAGUGAGUUUAAUAUAAAGAAAUAUCUUAUCUAUGUAGUUUUUGAGGUGCAAAAUGCUGAGAAAAUCAACACUACAGUCCACACAUAUUUACUGCUUAAUUGUAUAUUCAAAAGACUGGAAAUAGUAUUGUCUUGCGAAGCUCUAGCGAAAAGUUAAAAGAAAAUUGCAAGAAUUUAAACUCAGUAUAACUUUGUCUUGUCACAAGGGAAAACAUUGAAAUUCCCAACCUUAUAGCUUCAUUUGUUUCCUUAUAGUAUACGCUUUUCCCGAUUUUUCCCACCAUAUAUUUCCUUUUUCUCACACAUGCUCUUUACGUUUGAUCGCUGAUGAUUAAUGUACUGUUGUAUAGCAUUGUUACUUCCAAAAAACUGGAAUUACAUACUUGUGUGGGUGGAUGACUUUAAUGGUGGAUCUGACUUUUUUGGCUGAAGCAUUAAUGAAAGCAAGAACGAAUUGUGCUUUUCUGAGCAGCACACAUUCACUUGCCAUACAUGUGUCUCAUGAUUCAAAUUUGAAUAAAGUAAGACCUAUCCAAUAUCAGCCAACAAUACAAAACACUGCAACAUCAAACAAACUCAACAGUGUUGUAGCACUGAUCUACUAUUAGAUCAAGUGUGUUGUAUCCAACAAUGUAGGAUGAUCUUGGACCAAUAUGUUGGUUUGAACAGGGCUUUAUACUCAAUCACUAUGCUCAUAUUACUUGUCUUACUAGAAAUGCAUUGUAUGUUUGUCAUGUCCUUUCUGUGUCUUUUUAAAGGGUACAUUUCAUAGUGAACAUUCAAUUGAAUAUGGUAGUCGAAUGGUUGGUGGAGUGUCGCCGGGUAAAGGAGGACAAGAACAUUUAGGGCUACCUGUAUUUGACAGUGUUGCUGAGGUAUAGAGUAUAUUCACUAAUACUGCUAGCUACAUUUGUUAUAAUGUUCCAAGGUUGGGUAUUACUAAUGAACUACCCUGGAACUACCCUGCGAUUACCAUGCAAUAUGCUUCAAAACCCAUGUUGGUGGACACACAUUCAAGGGCAGAUGUAUGCUAAUAUCAGAUCAAGAGAGAAGCAUAUUUUUGGGAGGGGUGUAUACAUUCCAUGACCUGCAUGGUUAUCGAUCAAAAUACCAUAAAUCAUGACAAUUUUUGUAUGCACUGGUUGAUGAUGACCUUGUCUGACGGGCUCAGCACAUACCCCUCUCUUGUAGGGGUGGGGGGAGGGUAGUGUUCACCUUACUCAAUACUGCACUCCAGGACCCUGUGGAUGUAUUUGGUUCUUUCCCAUGCUUUAAGGGGUUGUCUCCAGCUUUCCUCCCUUGUAUCAUGUAUAGGUUAUAAACUGAGAAUGCAACAGGAGGGGCCACAGACCCCGAGGGCAAAUACAUGACUUAAUUUAUCCUAAGUUCAAGGUCUAUACAGUACUAGUUGAAGAGGUUUUUGAACAAGGUUUCAUCAAUAUCAAAGAUUUUCGGUCAAGAUUUUUUUAGUUUUGUCAACAAGUCAAGUUUAAUCUAAUUAUUUUAUUCACAGGUUAUAACCUGUAUACAUCUUGCGGUACAUCAAAGAAAACCGACUCAACUAGUAAAUAUUAGCCCUUAACUAUAAGAGCCUUUAAAUUAACUACAAGGAACUUUCUAUUGAAUCUGUAAUUGAAGUUGAAUAAUUCCAUGACUUUUGACAAAAAACCUAAAAAAAAACAUUAUAAUGAAGAAGGCAUUCUCUUUUCAAUAUUCCAAUUAUAAGAGUUGUUGCUAAUCACUGGUGACUUGUUUUUUAUGUUAGGCAAAACAAGAGACUGGGUGUGAUGCUACAGUGAUAUUUGUUCCGCCAAAAUUUGCCAAAGACGCCAUCAUGGAAGCAAUGGACGCUGAAAUUGGCUUAAUUGUUGCAAUUACUGAGGGAAUUCCUCAGCAGGAUAUGGUGAAGGUAGUAAACAAUCAAAUGAUAAAAAUCUCAGAAUAAUAUAUUAAGCUCUUUGUGCCAAAAUAAGGGAAUAUUCAUUUUACUAUGUUUUGUUUUUAUUAUACUUUUAAUAUUUGGUCAUUUUAGGUGAAACACAGGCUAAUCAGGCAGAAUAAAAGUCGUCUUGUUGGACCAAAUUGUCCUGGGAUUAUCAAAGUAAGCAUAGUAUAGUACUCAACGUAAGACCAUGUCGUAAUUACCAGACUUAUUGGGCAAUUUUUCUUCGGAAGAAAACUCGUUCUUAAUGUACAAUUUUUUAAAAAUUGAUUCAAGCGUGGAACACUUUACCUAGUCAUGUUGCGGAAGCCGAAAAUCUUGCUAAGUUUAAGAGUCAGCUCAAACUGCACAUGAACUUGUUUUAAUUAAUCACUAAAUUAUUAUAGUAACAUUAAUUUUCUCAACUUUGUAUAUAUUUGUCACUAGUUUUUAUUAUUUUGGGGAUCUUAUCAUAGGGCUAAUCUCUAGAUUCUCCAGCAAGGACCUUACUACUUUCUUUAUUAUAUUAUUAUUCCUAUAAUGUAUUAAGGUACCUUGAAUAAAUUUCUUGAUUGAUUGAUCGAUUGAUUGAUUGAUUGAUUGAUUAAACAUGCUUUCUUUGUAGCCUGGUGAAUGUAAAAUAGGAAUCAUGCCAGGGCAUAUACAUAAAAAAGGUUCAAUAGGUACGUAUCGCUUUACAAUCCUAAUCAGGAAAUCGGUCGUAAAAGUCAGUCCCAAAACGUUUAUAAAUGGUAUUAAAUAUUGUCGGUCCAGUUUUGAUCCAAAACAGAUGAUCAUUUUGUACAUGCUAUAUGUCGAAAAGAGAUCAACAAAUGGAUGCAAAUUGCUAAUAAAUGUAUCGAGAAACCCACAGAAUGCCUGAGUUUAACGACCCUCUGGUGUAGAACGAGCUUGGCUUUUGCCAGAUUUUCAUUGAAAGCAAAGGUGACGUUUUUAUUUUAAAACAUCAUGUAUUUCAUGUACUUUACAAUCUUCAGAAUUCUGUAUAUUCUUCCCCCAAAAUGCUGGAAAUCGCUUUUCAGGGACUCUAGAUGUCAUCCUUUUCCCGGGGAGACCAUAUUCUUUAAAUGGUAAUGAUAUUGUAGUGUGGCUCAAGUGCCACCCAGAACAGAGGACCCCCCCCCAAAAAAAACUUUGGAUGCGCGCCCCUGCAGUCAAUCGAUGGUAUCCUAACGCACAUAACUUAAUAAAAUGUUGUUUUCAAACAGGAAUUGUUUCAAGAUCCGGUACAUUAACAUACGAAGCUGUUCAUCAGACAACAAUUGCUGGAUUAGGACAAUCAUUAUGCGUAGGUGAGAUUCUGAAUGGGACCAAUGUAAAAUAAGAAACUUUAAUAAACCCAUCUUACGUUUAAAACACAGCAAGGCCGGAUUUUGGUGGAAAUAGUGGGGGAGGUGGAAAAAUAUUUAGGGGAGGUGCAGCAGUCUAGCUAACAACUCCAUGGAAAGUUAGGGCUUAGAACGGGCCAAAGUCAACGACGUGACGUGCAUGUAGUGUACAUAUGUAUCAGUGUAUUAAUGAAUUAUGACUGUACAACUCAUUAAAUUUUGCCCUUCAUUGCAAUCACUACAAAGUUUCUUUCAAAAGGUACUUGACACAGAGCACACUGUUUCAAUUUUACAGAAAAAACUUUCUUACAAAGUGUAGACCAUAAGCAACCAAAAAUGUCAAAUUUUCACUUUGAUCUAUCAAUCUCGAACUCAUUAAUAAUUCAUGAGCAAAUUAGCGAAUGAACUCACCCUAAUUCGUCACAUGAUUGAGGUUGGAUACCGCAAGGAAACACGCUAAAAAUCAUAUACCAUCACUGUUGUUAGAUGAAAAAUGGUUUUCAUCUAAUAACUGAGAUCCUAAUUACAAAUUCAAGUCAAAACACAACAAUAUACUAUAAUAAUAUAUAUAAGCCAAUGAAAUGUUUUCGUUUGAGAUGUUAUGUAAACAACUCGUUUCUCGUGUUUCAUCAGGGGACCAAACACUCGAAAACAAUAAAACACUCGCGCUUCGCGCUCGUGUUUCAUACAGUUUUCUCGUGUUUGGAUCCCCUGAUGAAACACUCAAACUCGUUGUUUACAUAUAACUUGAAACUUUCCCAAGGGGAGGUGCAUGACUUUUCAGUGGAGGUGCAAAAAUUCUUAGUGGAGGUGCUAAACAAUCUCAGGGUAGGUGUGUACCUCCCUCAAAAUCCGGCCAUGAAACACAGUGGGUAUAAAUCAAGAAAUGUCUUGUUCAGACUUGGGUUUGCCCAAUAUAUUCUCACAUGUGACAUGGUCAUUUCAUUUAGGUAUUGGUGGAGAUCCUUUCAAUGGCACCAACUUUAUGGAUUGCUUAGAUAUAUUCCUCAAAGAUCCCGAAACAAACGGUAUAUCAACGUAAAGACAUAUUUUAUAUUCGUAUAAUAUAAAAGUACCUUUUGCAGCUAACAGUUGCGCGGAGCUUCAAAACUAUCCUUUCCAUUUAGUUGCAACCACAAAGCCUGACAUACGCGCUGCGAUUUAUGGUUUAGUUGCAUGGUUUUUAAAGAAGCUAUUGCAGAGGAACGAGAAUGAUGAGCCCACAGUUGGUACCACCGAUUGUUUCUCGUUUUAACAUGCAUCUAAAUCAUAAAACGGGGACUAAAUUCGUAGCGUGUGCACCCCACAUAAAGAAGGCUACUAUCCUAAUCUCUGUCCUUGAACAGCAAAGCGGACCAAGGGCGGUGACGCUAGCAACUUAAAACUUGUUCAAACACGUUCGUUCGUUCGUACCGUGCUGGUGAAACGAUUGUAAUGGGAAAUGGCCUUCGUUCGCACGGGAAAGGAUGAUUUGGGAACCGUAUACUCACCAGGAGCGGAUCAAACAUCAUCUGGAAGGAGUGGUGCAGUUUUUCUAUGGGGUGGUGCAUGAGGGAGCCUUACUGCCCACUCUCCUCUGCAGUCUGCAACGCUACUAUCCCAACAUUACUAUUAUUGGAGAUGGCCGAAUCUGCAUGUUCGCCUUUCUGUUACAUUUUACACUAUCUUUUGUUGAUAAAGUGUAUAUCGGCUUUUUAUCACGUAUGCGUACAUCCCCACGGUAGAUCCGCCCCUGGUACUCACGCUUGCACGAUUUUAUCUUUCGUCACACGCAACCAAACGAGUUCGAGCAUGUGAACAAAAAUGGAACCGAGCGAAUUUGCGUGCGGUUACAAAUUCGCCCGGUGUGAACGUCGUCUUCAUUAGAGGUGACCUUCAAUUCUGCAAUUCUCUCGUCAUUCAGGUAUAAUUUUAAUUGGUGAAAUUGGCGGUGGUGCUGAAGAGCGAGCUGCUGAAUUUCUCAUGGAGCAUAAUCAAGGAGAGAAUGCUAAACCUGUUGUUUCAUUCAUUGCUGGGCUUACUGCUCCCCCGGGACGACGCAUGGGUAUGAUUAUAUAAAGAACUUAAUAAAUCAGUGAUAUAUAUUAUUACAUUAUUAUUCAGCUUACUCCCCAUUGGGGCUUUUCAGUGACCGAUUACAUCAAGUAUUAAGCUUACUUAUCCUACUUACUUAGCCUAGACUAUAUCUUUACACAAUCCGAAAGACCACAAUAAUUUUAUAUAAAUGACGUCUUUUUCAGGUCAUGCUGGAGCUAUCAUAUCAGGAGGCAAAGGUGGAGCUGAGAAUAAGGUGACGUAAUGUUCUAUUUUUGUUUAAAGAACCUUAAGGCCCAUUUCCACUCAGGAAAAUUUUCCGCAGAAAGAAAAUUUUGUAAAAUGUGAUUGGCUGACACAAAUUUAACGUCGGGAAAAAAUUUUGAAGUUGAAAAUUUUCAACUUUUGACAAUGACAUUUUCGGAAAAUUUUCUGUCCGUGGAAAUUUUUCUUGAGUGGAAAUGGGCCUUUAUAUGUAUCCUGGCCACACAUCGUCUAUAUUCUUAUUAAAUACUGCUGAACAGUGUGAAAGAAAUUUACUUUCUUCUGUCCAGUGAUAUUAUCAGUAACAUGUAUUUGUUGAACGUAACGUUUAGAUCGCAAGUUUGAAAGAAGCUGGUGUGAUUGUCACAAACUCUCCUGCACAAAUGGGAAAUACUAUGAAAGAGGUAUACUCUCACUUCAUUGUAGGUUUGCAUCGUGAUAGAUAGAACUGUUUGACAUCACUAUAUCAGUCUUAUGAUCUCGAACGGUCUCUGCCAGUGUAGAUAGCGACGAUAUCAACUUAACAAGACAACCCAAAAGGUCUUCGCUUGAAACGUCGAAGUUCUGCUUGUAUUUUUCAGGUAGUUUUAUCCCUUUCAAUGCGAAGCUAUAUGUCAUGUAAUGAUCAUAAGACAAACACAGAUAUCGAAGAAAGUAUAUUGAGUUCCGAAAUAUGACCCACUCAAACCGACUUGACCUCGUAGCUUUAGUUGGUGGAGCAUUGGACUUGCAAACCAAAAGUCUCGGGUUCGAUUCCCACUAGCACUGGAUAUUCUCAGAGUACCAUCAUAAAGAACCCAGCUUGUGCAAUCUGCAGUGUAAAGUUUCAUGUUGUCUGCACAUGCAUGCAUGUACUUUUUUUAGAGGCAAAUCGGAAAAUGAUCAAGAUAGUGACUCUAGUUGAUUUACGUAUUGUAUUGACAUAUGAUUGCUUUUUAGUCUUCAAUAUUUGAGUGAGUCAGUCUUCGGAAAUGGCAAUGAACUUUUAUUACCCAAACCCUUCAGUUGUUUUGUUUUUCAUUUAUCCAACUUUUACUUUUCUUUUAUUUUCCACAAAACAAAACAAUUUUACAUUUUCUACGUUCUACAGUUUUGUUGUGAUUUUCUUCUCGUUCUAGGCCUUAGAAAGAAAACUCGACCCAUAG